GGAACUAUUGGAUAUAUGAGCAACGUCAACUCACCAACAUUACGACCAGGAAUACGACUUUCCCGAAGCGGAUCCUCUGUUUGGUCCACCACCCAGGACAAUGGAUCGGAUCCCAGCCGGCGACUCAAAACAACGGCGCCGUAGAAGGGGCAGACGGAGCGGUCUUCUGGUCAGGCUCCGUAGACGGGCACACCGCUCCCGAGCAUACUACUCGACAAUGUGCAGUCUCUUGACAACAAGAAACAUGGUUCACUCGAGACACGCUGAGUCGGUACAGCCACCUGGUUUCUUCACGUAUUGCGCCGACAGAAACCAGCAUCUCUCUGGUUCCCCCGAGGUCCAAGCGGCUGUAGAACCCCCAGAAAGCUGCAGCCAUGUUAGCCUGCCUACAGAGACGGCAGCAGAACCUCUCAUCUCAGCACCUGGUCUGCACCCCCAAGAUCCUGGAUGCUCCACCACAGCAGCCGCAGCCCAGCACACGACAAAGUGAGCUGUCCUCCAUGAAUGUCCCUCGGUAUCCAUCCCCUGCAGAGCUGGAUGCCUUUGCCCAGAAGACGGCCAGCAGUCCCCUGUCCAUCAAGAUCUUCCCAUCCAACAUCAGAGUGCCGCAGCACAAACAGCUGAACAGGACUGUCAACGGCCUGGACACCACAUGCACCCAGCACUACAGUCCCUACUCAGGAGGCUACCAGGGCCUACUGGGUGUUGUAAAGGCCACCGCCUCCGUAGUCAAAGGUGUGCUGAAAAACUCUGAGGGCAAGAGGACUAAACAUUCCCCUGCCCAAACUGCAGCAGCACCAUACAACCCUCUCGGUAACAACAGACACGGGCAGCAGAAGAGCUACCACAUGGGCUCCUGCAAGCCUCCUGACGUGCCCAAAAUGGCUAUUCCUUCUAAUAUCAUUGUUGCUGCCUCUGUCAUCCCCACCCCAGUAGGACAGACUCUGGCCUCUCAGUCGGACCUGGACGUCCAGAGCCUGCUGAGGCAGAUGAACAGACACUCCCACAGCCAGGCCCUGCAGCACGGGGGAGAGGCCCAGCCAAGCCCCUCACGCCAGGCUGUGGCUGCUGUGGCCAGCUCAGACUCUGGCUUUACCUGGGGAGUGGUGCCCCAGAGCAGCCUAGCGUACUCCGGGGCUGUGCUGCCCACCCAGAGCGCAGACAUGGCCCAGGCUGGCUACUUGGAGAGAGUGGACUAUAGCAUGUGGCAGAGCCACCAACAGCAGCAGCACUACCAACAGGGGGCGCUAAGGAUGUACAACAAUGCUCGGAUGGGCAGCGGGGGAGGGGCCGUGGUCAGCCGCUCUCCAGAGACCUGUCUCCCUUUGGCCUGCUCAGCACAGCUCUCCUAUAGGCGCCAUCCCCUCAGUGCAGGCACUAACGGGGCAGGGAUUGGGCAGGACCGGGUUAGCUCCUCCCCUCUGAACUGUGCUGCUAUGCAUGGGGAGUUCUCUGUGGGCCAGUACUUCGCCCCUCCCUGGAACAGUGUUCUGGUCACCCCGGACAGUGACUGUUACAACCCUCAGGAGCUGGUGCCUGGUUCCUCUAUGGGCCGGGCCAGAGACAUGGGGCUCUCCCACCCUCACCCUCACCAUCACCCCAACCACCAGCUCCACCCCCACCACCAUCCUCACCCCCAGGUCUACGCCACAGACCAAAGCUUGGGCCUCUGUUGUGGGCUGCCCAGCACCAGCCUGUGCCACGCUUCUGUGCUGAGCAGCAGCCUGCAGUCUCUGGAGUGCCUGAUCAGUGAUCUCCACCCGCCCUGCAUCAAGGAGAGCAUGCUGGGGCGGGGCUACGAGGCGGCGGGGAUGCCAAGGCUACUAGACCACAACCUACAGCACACCCACGUCCAGCUGCCUGUGUUCAGAUAAGACAGGAUGUGUCCACACAGGGCACUCGGACUGAAAUAUUCUGUAAAACAGGAACUCCAUGGAUGCAGGUGUGUAAUUUUGAAGAGACCACCUCAGAAUGAGAAACGGCACCUUUUUUAUUUAGCGUGUGUGUUGUAUUGGUACAGGGCUAUGUGGUUUGGAAUUGACCAAGUGUUGUAUACCUUAAAAGGGUAAUGAUAAUCAUGACUGACCUGCAGGGUCAUCUUAUUUGAUGUCUUAAUGUUUUCAUUUACGGAGGAUUUGUUGAUCAAUCAGAGAAUCAGUUCACAUCUGCCACAUUUGUUCCUCAGAAUAAUGUGUUUUGAAGCUUAUUUCUGUCCACUGUUGAAUUUUUAAACCAUUUCAGAAUGUUGUCAUUUGAAGUAAGGUGAAAGGGUGAUGCGCAGGCAAUCCUCCUAAUGCCCUUUACAAAGUGCAAAAAAAAAUACAACUGGAAAAUGGUACAUACUUAGGGCAUACAAGGGCCCAACUCCAGGCCUCCAGGGGCAUACAAGGGUCCAACUCCAGGCCUCCAGGGGCAUACAAAGGCCCAACUCCAGGCCUCCAGGGGCAUACAAGGGCCCAACUCCAGGCCUCCAGGGGCAUACAAGGGCCCAACUCCAGGCCUCCAGGGGCAUACAAAGGCCCAACUCCAGGCCUCCAGGGGCAUACAAAGGCCCAACUCCAGGCCUCCAGGGGCAUACAAAGGCCCAACUCCAGGCCUCCAGACUGUCAGUUUGUUUUUAUUUAACUCUUACACUUAAUUGACCAAUAAAGGCCACUGAUUAUAAUGCACUGCUGUAAGAACGGCAAAAAUGGGGAAAUGUGUCAGGGAACCGUUUAUUUUCAAAAGAAACUUUAUCUUGAAUGUUUUUGUAUUUUUGUUAGGUUGUGCCUAUGUUGGCUGCUAAUGGAGGAUAAUGUCUUUUUAUAAUGAUUGACCUUUAUGUUUUUGUUGUCUUCUCUACAAUUAUGACUGUCUGUUACCACGCUGUUGCUAGGCCCCAUGUCACAAGAAAGAGAUCUGCUAGCCAUCACGUUAAUGUUUGAUGGAAUGACAGAGUUAUCAUGUUUUACCUAAAACGGCACUGGGACUUUGGGGACGGGAUGUGUCAUUUGAUUCUCUGAUUUGUUCACAUUUUGCUCUUAGCUUUGGUUGACAUUCAUCAUUUAGGUCAUCAAUCACAAAAAUACUAUCUUAAUCAACAGGAGUCCCUCCAAUAGUUUUCCGGAGACAGGAGAAAUGUGUUUUCAAACUGAAGGCAUGACCAUCAAAUUGAAGUAUUCCAUGGUCGAUCAUUGGUUUACAAAUGAGUCGAGUUUACUGGAGAGGUGUCCCUUACUGAUCACUGGAGAACAGGCAUUUCUUACAGUAUAAUUCACUGCUUUUCUGUCAAUGUUUUCUUUCUGAAAAUAAGAUGUAGUUUCUUUGUAGUGGUCUAUCUGAUGCCUGAGAAGUAUGGCUAUAUAAAGAAUCUCUUAUAUGUC